CCUAUCUACAGGAUAUUGUAAGAUCAGAUCACAUUAACUUUUAAAAAAUAUGUCUUCGUUUAUCUCUACCAUAUUAAAAUCGAGUGUUGGUGUAAUAUGUAACAAAAUACGAGAUAAAACAGCAGAAAAUCUUAAAGACGGUGAUGUUACGGAUGCGAAGCUUCGAGAAAUUGUUGUGAGAGAAUUGAAUGAUAUUAAAACUAAACUAGACGGACUGUCACGAAAAGAUCUUCUCAGCAGUUAUGAUUUCUUCAAACAAGGAAUUCACCUUUUACUUGAUUGUAUCGAGAACUCUGCACAACUAAAAGAGGGAGAACAGGAAAGAUUGAGAAAUUUAACUCAAGGACGUCAAAUUGACGCGUCGUUGAUUUCAAGCAACCAAAGCAGUGAAAGAUCUAAAGACUUCGAUGAAGAGCACAAACUUGAUGAAGCUUUUAAGACAUUGAGUAUUGAAUGCCCCUUUAAAUUAAAAACCGCUGUCAUAAGAUUUCGAGACGCUAGCAAAGAAGCAACCCGUGCAUUCAAUAACGAAAGUUUGUCAAUUGAAGAUAGAAUCUUUGCUGCCGAAAUUCGAGUUGUUUCAACAAUUUUGGAAUGCAUGGAAUGUCCAGAAACGGUCAUUACAUUGUGUUUGCCCAUUUUAAAUGAACUUCAUUCAUUACCCGCUAUUCUUCAGAUAUUUAAUGUUUACAUCAAUGGUGGGGUGAAGUCAUUGUUCAAUAAAAAAGAUCGUGUAGAAAAUAUACGAUCAGUGAUGUUUAUUAACCGCUUAUUGUAUCAGUUUAAUAUGAAGUUUGGGAAAACCUAUCAUAUGGCUUUAGUUUGGCCCACCAUUCAACUAAAAAACAAACAAUUUAAUCCAAUAUUGAAUUGGCGUCAAAUCUCGGAGAGAAAAUCUUGGGAAAGUGAGGUCCAAGGUCCAAAUGAAUUGGAAUUGGAAACGGAUAUCGAUAUACCACAUCUUCAUUGCAACAGUAGCAAUGACUUCAUUUAUUGUGAUCUAGAGAGAAAUUUGAUCAAGAUUAUGAGAAAAGAUGCUGAUGAUGAAAUCGUCUAUGAAUUUCCUGAAUCUGACGUCAUAGAGGCCAGCUUUAUAGAUAAAAAUGAUGACAUGUACAUCAUUGUCCAUCGAAAAACGUCCUCUAACUUUCAUGUAGUGGUGUUGGAUCCUCAUUUUCUUGUUAAAAGUAAAAUAUCCUUGGAUCUUACUAACAAAGGCUCUGAGAAGUUUCGUUUAUUCGUGUCAGCAGAAAACAUUGUGGUUUUUGAUAAACGCAACAAAUGUGUGUUUGUUUAUGACUUUCAAGGAAAAUUGAUAAAGCAGUUUACAGUUGAGCAAAAAACUUUUCCUACGCAACGGAUAGUCAUUACGAAUAAGAACGAAAUCAUUUCAGGUGGGUAUGCUUUUCUGUACAUUUAUUCAAUGGAGGGUUGUUUGAAGUCGAAAGUGAAUUUGAAUUUAUGGGUGGAAGAUUAUAUCUAUCACUUUGGUCUGAAGAAAUUUCUCAUAAUUGAACAUUGUGGUUAUUAUCAUUACCGUUUUCACAGUUGUGAUCAUUCAGGAAAACUUGAAACAUUGACUGAUCUUAAAGGCAUUCAUAUUUAUGAGUUCUUAUCCUCAAGUUCAGUUCCUGUUGUCGUUUGUGAAUCUCAUAGGUCCUCACCUUACCUUAUGUGGUUGAGCUUCAGAUAGUCGGAUCCGUCUAUCUAAAACAUCAAUGGAAAUAGAAAUUGCUCUAUUUUCAUCCGACAAGAUCAAAGGAAGCCGACAAGUGAAAUUACAUUGAUUUGAAAAAGACUUGGAAAGAAGAACAAAAAUACGAAAAAUAUAUCGAUAAAUGUACUGGA